UACUUCCUGUUGCAAGCGCUAGUCUGCGAGUAAACAUGGCUGCCUCCAGUUGUAGAGGCGUGAGAUCGAUUAUAUGGAAGUAUGGGAGCUGCGGGAAGACUUUAUGUGUGUCCCGAUCACAGACGGCUCCGCAGUUGCCAGUCAGGCAGAUUUGUGUGUCAUCGGCUUUGUGGAAGAAGAAUCUGGCAGCGGCAGGCCCACAGAAAUUCACACAGGAGUUCAUCAAUAAACAGGUGGAGGAGUUUGAAGUUGGUAAACGUCACUUGGCCAACAUGAUGGGGGAGGACCCAGAGACAUUUACACAGGAGGAUAUUGAUAGGAGUAUUGCAUACCUCUUCCCCUCUGGACUUUUUGACAAGCGAGCAAGACCUUUAAUGAAGCACCCAGAGGAAAUAUUUCCAAAACAGACAGCUGUCCAGUGGGAUGCAGAAGGACGGCCUUUUCACUUUCUGUUCUACACAGGCAAACAGUCCUACUACUCUCUCAUGCAUGAUCUGUAUGAGAAGAUUCUGGCCAUAGAGAGACAUCAGGACAAGAUGAGAAAGGAAGGUCUAUUUACGUCAGACACCAAACAAAUAAUGCUGACUGGGAGCAGGUGGCUGUUAAAAGAGGAAAUGGAGGAGCAUCUGGUUGAGAACAUUUCAGAUCAAGACUACGCACGGUUGAUCCAGCUGAUGGAGAAGAUGUUGUCUAUGCCCUACGGCUCUCUGGAGGAGGAGUUUGUGCUGAAGUUCCGCAGAAAUCUGGAGGUUCAGUCCAGUAAACAGGAGAUUCCUGUGAUACAGUACGACCCGCAGGGAGUCGCUUUCAGCGUCGCUGACGGCAGAAGGAAAUCAGCCAAAGCCAGUAUCACCCUCAGAGACAGCGGCUCUGGGAACGUCACAAUCAACAGCAAGAACUACCUCCUCUACUUUCCUAUACUACAAGACAGGGAGCAGCUGUUGUUUCCUCUGCACUUUGUGGGCAUGCUGGGCCGGUUUGACAUCGAGGGCAGUGUGGAGGGCAGUGGGCACUCUGCUCAGGCUGGAGCUCUACGAUUGGCCAUCUCACGGGCGCUGCUUAGCUUUGUGUCUGAGGGACAAGUGGAAAAGAUGAGGCAAGCUGGCCUGCUUACCGCUGAUCCCAGGAUCAAGGAGAGGAAAAAACCAGGGCAGGAAGGAGCUCGGAGAAAAUUCACAUGGAAAAAGCGCUGAACAGGAAAGGGGCAAGGCAGGACUGGACACCUGAGAGAUCGAGGACACAACUUCUCUCUUUCACUGGAUUAUUGGAUUUUUCCUUGGACAAAUAUACCCUGCUGAUCACAGAUUUAAACCAGCCAUAUUGCUUUCUUUA